CAGCAUCCCGGGGCUGGUGCUCGGAGCUGGGCAGAGAAGGUCUCAGGCUGGGGGGUCCCGACGACUUUCCAGAUCUCUCCCUCCUGAGCAGCGAUGGGGGCGGGUCGGAUCCUGGGGGCCGGGAGCGGCUGGGCUGGGGCUCUGCUAGUGACACUGAUGGUGCUGAGAACCCACCUGGCUCAUUGCACAGAGCCCGAAGGGUGGUUUCUGUACCAGACGAAGUCUGACUGUCUGUUCACCAACGGCACCGAGCGGGUCCGGUUCCUGGACCGGUACAUGUACGACCGGCAGCAGUUCGUGCAGUUCGACAGCGACGUGGGGGUGUACGUGGGGGAGACGGAGGUGGGGCGGCACUGGGCCGAGUACUGGAACAAGAACAAGGAGUUCCUGGCGCAGAUGCGGGCUGCGGUGGACACGUUCUGCCGGCACAACUACGGGGCGGUCGAGCCUUUCAGCGUGGCCCGGAGAG